AUGGCAUGGCAUCUAAAGCAAAGUUUAACAAUCUUGCUCAACUUUAACUCGUCCAUGGAUGAAGCACAUCAUGACCACCACACACUAGAAUUCAGCCCACUGUUCAUCGGCCUUCUUGGCGUCCUCGUCGAAGUUAUCAUGGUUACAACUUUUCACUGCAUAGUUGUUAGAACCAACAAUCAAGAAGAGCUUCCUAGUAGUAGUAGCACCAACAGCAGCAGCAACACCACCGCGAGCAAUUCAACAGUGGCUCUGAUGGCAAUGUGCAUAUACAGACAAUUAGAAUGUAAAGAAGAGACGUGUGCUGUGUGUUUAAGUGAAUUCAAUGAAGGUGAUGAAAUUGGUAUACUGCCUAAAUGUGCACAUAUAUUUCAUGUGCAAUGCAUUAAUAAGUGGUUGUGUUCAAACCCUAAUUGUCCACUUCGCCGUGCCGGUAUUGUGCCUUGGCCACAGAACGAUGUUGCAGUGUCCUUACCGGAUUCCGGGGGUGUCCCGCCACCGGAGCUGUACGAGGUGCCCCAUUUUGGAGGUUGA